UCCUCUAGUGGCUUCCGCUGUCAUUACAAUUUACCGAACAUAAAAGUAUGCGAAAGAGUCGUGUAGAAUUGUUGUUGAUUCGUUAUAGCCUGUGCGGCUAAAUAGCUAUUAGUUUCCGAAUCAUGGAGGACGAAGAUGUGUUCGAUAACUGGGAAGAAGCAGCGGAUAGCGGAGAAAUCGACAGGCGGCUCGAAGCGAAGCUGAAAAUCAAUCAGAAAUCUGAAAGUGUACCUGUGAAGACGGGUGUGGUGAUUCAGGACGAUUCGCUGCCUGCGGCUCCGCCUCCUCAGAUCCGUAUCCUGAAGCGCCCUCCCUGUAACGGGGCCCUAAACACACAGGGUGCGACCUCUCGACCCGCACAGCAGCCCAAAUCUCUGAAGCAGAGGGAAGCCGAGUAUGCAGAGGCUCGGAGGAGGAUUCUGGGUAGCACCAGUGCUGAAGACCCUGCGAGGGAAAGAGACGACUCGGACAGACUGCCAUCAGAAUCUCUUCAUUCCAACAAUAAUGUCAUUCGGCAGCCCCGGGGGCCGGACGGAACGGCAGGGUUUUGCCUCAGAAGAUAGAGAGACGGCUAGAGAGGCCGCAAAAAAAGAACCAGAGUCGCUUCGGUCAAGAGCUCCCGUCCGUCUCCUCUAUUCUGUCUGAGCGAGGGAGGACAUAACGACCGUGUGAUCGCUGUCUUGGUGUGUUCACUGUGAGUUUAUCAGUAACACUCACUGGGGUCUGGGCAGCAAUCACUGCAGUGUUUCGAUACGGCUCAAAGCGCCCUUGUCAACUUCCCCUAAUGAGCUGAGCCUCCCUCUUUAAACUCUCUGCAAAGUUGUAGUGGCUCACAAACAUGCUGGUUGACUAGCAUGCUAAUUUCCUGGCGUGCUGUUCAGUAAGCUUCCGUUUAUGAUAUGGAGCUAAUCAAAAGUUAUGUAUUUUUAAGCGUAAUGUUAUUCCUUUUUUCCGACACGAUUCUCACCCUUUUUGAAAAUGCUGCAGUGCCUUCUGGGAAGUUUCAGCUCCCAGUGUGUACAGUGAUGUCAACCCAGCCUUGAAAGGGAAGUCCAGUGAAGUUCAUCUGAACUGAAGAAUAAGCCAGAAGAGGGGAGGUGGACAAGGGUGCAUGAAAAACCUCCAGAAAAAAGCUCCCUUCUGAUACGUUACGCUGACGACACAGAACUGAUUGGGCUGAACCGAGCCUCGUUUUUGACCGAGGCUUUACAGUUUGUCCAAAGAUGAAAUGUCCACAAAAGUUUAGGGCUGUGGGAUGAUUCUCACACACACACACACACACACAUGCACACACACACACACACAGAAGGGAACGGUCUGUUGUGGACGUUUCAUUUUUGCCUGAAUUCAUUUUAAUUUGAUGGCUGAUGAUGUAACACACAGUAAAACUAAACACAGCAAUAAUCUUAUAUAAAGGGGACAGGAGUCGGGAGUACAGCUGUAAACAGGUCUGAUUAUUCUGCCUGCUUUUGCUUUGUGUUUUAAGCUUUUGUUUCUUUUCUGAAAUAUAUGUAUUUUAAGUUCACUGAGAAAGGAACAGUUUCUGUCUGUUGAUCGCGCAGUUUAUAUAUGUUUAACAUUUUAACUCCAUGUUUUACUCUGUGAUGUUUGAGAAAUGUCACUUAAACGGUUUGCGGUUCACGAGAUUAAGAGUGACGGUGAUCCUCGAAAACAGGUACUGCCGAAUCACAGACACACCGUUAAGAGUUUUUGUUACGUAGAGAAAAAGAAGUAACGAUUUUGAGAAAACAAUUUUUUGGAACUGGAAACUAAGAGGCUCCAGAAAAAAAUCCUCACAGCCUUUUGUUUUCUGUCAGUGCUCUGAGGUCAUAAUGACCAUUAAAAAAAAACAGGUGAUGAGCUAGUAAUACCUGUAGGCAUGACUGGUGUGUGAUUGACAUACUGAGUUAAAGACUCACAGAAUGCCAGCUGCUGCCACAGCACACAAUGAGGUGUGUGUGUGUAGAGCAAUGGUAGAUGCUGAGAUGUUCACUUACAGCCUGAAAUACUGUGGGCUGUAUUUCAAGUCAUCUCGUUUAACUCCUGCCAUCUUUCUUUUCUGGUGUUUAUGACUCAGCAGCUCUGAAUCAGGUCAGAGGUUAAAAGCUGAGGGUCUGAGAGUCCUGCAGCAGCCCUUUAACUCUCAUAAGUUCCAGUAAAUUUACUAAAAUUUACUAAAAAGGUUUUUGACCAUCAUCCAGCUCUUAAUAUGUAAGGCUUGUUAUUUACACGCAGGCCACAGGCUCUGUUUAUGAAGUGCUGUGCUUUCAAUGAAAGUCAUCUAAUAGCUCUGGGAGUCUUUUUAAAAUAAAUGAUAAUCCAUUUCACCCCCUCGUUUUACUGAAGCACUAGGAUUAAAGGAGAACUUCACGAUCCAGUGGUACAGUACAGACUGGUAUAGUAUGUCAUUUUUAUCCAGUGCCUAAGAGCCCAGAUUAAUCCUGUUUUUAGAUUAAAGAUGGACUUCCUUCAGUCAGAGGCAGGUGUUGAUCCACACACAAGAUGCUGCUGCAGAAAAACUCCACAAGCCUGAAUGAGAAUCAGAAUCAGGUUUAUUGGCCAAGUGUGUUGAUGUUGACACACAAGGAAUUUGGUUCCAGCUGUUUGUGACUCUCAAAAGUACAGAAAUAAAUAACACUAUACUACACAAGACACUGCAGAUGUGAUACAAUAGACAUCGAGUAUUAAAUAUAAAUACAGAAUAUAUGAUUGAUCAGUUAUGUCACUUCCUUUUAACUGACCAAACACUCAACAGAACCCAUGCAGACUGUGUAUUAAGUAUAUUUUAGGCUGUUUCUUCUGUUUUCUUACAGGGUUCAGUUUUCAGAACUCUGAUCCAUUCGCGCACACACUGUUCAGUCUACGUCUGAGUUUUGUGCUGAUUCUUGCAUCUCCACCGAGUAUUUCUUUCCAUAGAACUAAAUAAAGCUAACUGAAAGCACAGCCGUAAUGCCGGGGCCGGUUUUAGACCGCUUACGGUUCUCCGGGUAAAGAUCACCCUGGAGGAGCUCAUUGUUAACAGACAUGGGAUGGGAUCGGGUUCUGUUUUAUUUAGCUGGGAACCCUUAAUUAUACAGCAGAACCUCUUUCCUGCAUCCUGUUUGAGGUUUAAAGCAGGAGUCAGGAGAUCUCUGCUGCUUAGCGGCGAAUUCACAAACCAUAAUUAAAUCCUUCAUGCGGAUCUGUGUUUCUGUGGAAGUGUUUAUUUUCCACAAGCCUUUGCCUUAUUGUGUUAGAAAUGUUUUAAUGUGAUGUGACGUUCCUGUCUGCAUUCGUGUUCCUCAGAUCCAUCUGUGUGCUUUCAAAUAAACUUGGUUUUGGAGUUCA